AUGGAAGAUGAUUGUCCACAAGGAGGUGAUGACGUUCGUCUCUGUCUUUUAAAGACUCUUGGAGCUCAUAAUCAACGUCAAGUCCCAUGUAUAGCUUGUCACAAAGAUAUAAUAGUGUACGAUAAGUAUCCGUUAAUUGAUGGAACGUUCUUUCUUUCACCAGUUCUACAUCAUGGUCCUCCAAUUGAGGUAAUGUAUGAAGGGAGAAAACAGUAUUUACAACAAAUAUGUGUCUCUUGCUUAUGGUCUGAUUGGAAAUGUAAUAAUUGUGGUAGAGAUGGAUGGUUCAAUGGUAGAGCACUCAUUCUCGGAACUUUAUAUUACUAUGAUAUCAUUUCUGCUGGAAAAUGCUGUCCUCCAACAUGCACGGUAUGUCGAAGCCCACUGCUGAUACCGGAAAAUGUUGUGAUGCAGAUAGUCAAUGGAAAUUAUUCAUUAAUGAAUGAGUUAGUUACAUGUUCUUCAUGUGGCUGUAAAGAACUUCAUUGUAUUAGAGAUACAGCCGAUGUCACUAUAGCUGCUCGAUAG